GAGCCGCAGCCUCUCAGCAUCAGCACCAGCAGAGACAUCCCCCUCCUCUCCUCUCCUCUCUCCUCUCUGCUCUCCUCUGCUCCUCUCCGUCCACUGCGGAACAUCGGCCUGUUUUCUUCCCAUCCCUCCGCCAGCGGCAGACCCAGCUCGCCAUGGACAACUCCGGCAAAGAGAAGGAGGCCAUGCAGCUGAUGGCUGAAGCCGACAAAAAGGUCAAAGCGUCCGGAUCCUUCCUGGGAGGGAUGUUCGGGGGGAACCAUAAGGUGGAAGAUGCCUGUGAAAUGUACGCCAGAGCAGCCAACAUGUUUAAGAUGGCAAAGAACUGGAGUGCUGCGGGGAAUGCUUUCUGUCAGGCCGCCCGGCUCCACAUGCAGCUUCAGAACAAACUGGACUCUGCCACCAGUUUCGUCGAUGCCGGCAACGCCUACAAGAAGGCCGACCCACAGGAGGCCAUCAACUGUCUAAAUCAGGCCAUUGACAUCUACACUGACAUGGGUCGUUUCACCAUCGCAGCCAAACAUCACAUCACUAUAGCAGAGAUUUAUGAAGCUGAGCUGGUCGAUAUUGAGAAGGCCAUUGCCCACUACGAGCAGGCAGCAGAUUACUACAAGGGAGAAGAAUCUAACAGCUCUGCCAACAAAUGUCUCCUGAAGGUCGGACACUACAGCGCUCAGCUGGAGCAGUACCAGAAAGCUAUCGAGAUCUAUGAACAGGUUGCUAUGAACACCAUGGACAACCCUUUGUUGAAGUACAAUGCUAAAGAGUAUUUCUUCAAGGCCUCACUGUGUCACUUCAUAGUGGACGAACUGAACGCCAAGUUGGCCAUUGAGAAGUAUGAGGAGAUGUUUCCAGCCUUCUCAGACUCAAGAGAGCUCAAACUGUUAAAGAAACUCCUAGAAGCCCACGAGGAGCAGAACAGUGAGGCGUUCACGGAGGCGGUGAAGGAGUUCGACUCAGUGUCCCGUCUGGACCAGUGGUUGACCACGAUGCUGCUCCGCAUCAAAAAGACCAUCCAGGGAGACGCUGGGGACCUGAAAUAGACACAUUUGGAUAGAGGGGAGAAAAGGGAGGGAGACAGGGGGAUAGUGGGAAAAGAGGGUGGUAAAGAGAGAUGAAAGAUCAGGGUACAGGGGGGGUUUAAUUAAAUCGAAAGGAAAGAAGAAUGAUGGGGAGGGAAACGUGUUUUAGUGGGAAAGGAGAGUUUAAGACAAAGAGGCAGAAAAAUAAAAGGGGGGGGUUUAAGGGAGGGAGGGUUGGACAGAGGCAGUUUACAGUUGUAGAUAUCAGUCUGCAUGUGACCCCCAACAAGCUAAGCAUCACCUUCAAACCACCUUUAGAUGACCCCCGUGUCCCCCGUCCUACAGUAUUGCUCUCGUAACACUGGACAGAAACGUACUGAAGAGUGGGAAGGAACAAAGAGUGUGUGUGUGUGUGUGUGUGUGUGUGUGUGUGUGUGUGUUGUGUGUGUGUGUGUGCGUGUGCGUGUGUGCGCGCACUGCAGUAAGGUGAAUUAUACAAUUUGAUGGGAGAGUGUGCAACUUAUAUGAGAUUUAAGGAUAUAUGUUAUUGUAAAGGGAUAAUAAUGUUAUUUAUGAGAUUCUUGGUAUUUAUUGUCAAUACUGAAAAUAUUAUUUAUUGUUUAUUAUGGUGCUCAGUGUUACGAUUUGUCUUAAUAUCUUAGGUAUUAGCCCCUCUGCUCUCCUCUUUUUUUCCCCCUUUACUUCUUCUCUUCAUCUGUUCUUCCUCCUUCUCCUCUUCCUCUGUCUCCCCUCGUCCUCUCCCCACCCCCACGCCCCGUCAAGUCAGUGAAAUCACCCAUCGUGACUGGUUGGUUCUUUGUGUUCGGGGCCAGCGGCUGGUCGGUGCAGUUUGCCACCAGCGCUAACUUCCCCGUCACUGCCUUGUUUGUGCAUGUCUGUUGUCAUGUUGAUGUAAGUGUUCUCCGUGUCGUGCUAAUGUGUGAAGAACAUACAUGUAGCCUGGUAUCAUUUGUGUGGAAUCAGUAAAUAUGUACCUCAGAUACCGAGUUGAAAUAAAAACACCAUCGCUCCAGA